AUGCUCGAGGGGCUAGCGCCCUGGCUCGCGAGCCACGCACGUCGUCUCCACAUCUCCACGCACUCGCGCCGCAUCCACAGCGACAUCUUGAAUUGGCUGAAGUUGGCUGGCUGGGUCAUCCUCUUCCAGUUUACCUUCAUGUCCGCAGCUGGUCCCAAGGAGCUUCCACUCGGGCCUUUUGUCAACUGUGACGGGCAUAUCAGUGCAGUGCAUCCGCUCACAGAGAUCGCCGAUCCACAGAAUGCUGGGUCUGUCUUUCAGGUCGCCUCCCUGUACAAUUGCUUGCAGAUGCAGGAACCUGGCGACGUGCCAGAGGAUGGCGUCACUUGCUAUGCCGAGACCACUACACAAGGGGCAGUCUGUGCAAUAGCCUGCCCGGCAGCUACAGUGUUCCGGAAUUACUUCUUGAAUGGCGUUGGGCAAGGGCGUGGGCAGCAGUUGGACCUGAUGACUCACGUCGGUGAUCUAGUGGGAAACCGCAAAGAAGGCUACUGGGUCAUGAGGAACGGCUUCAUGAUGCCCAGGCCUGGCGGAAAGCUCAUAGACCUCGGCGAGAGUCCGGGGCUAGUUAGCGAUCAGAUUCUUGCCGAUGACGUGGCCGGGCGAGUCCGAGUGGGGGUCCACUGGGACACGCAAGUGCUGCUAGAUGACAUUUCUCACAACGUUUGUCAGGUGUGCUGCUCGGCACCAGCUGUGGCACUGUCCAAGAUUGUGAAGGCACAACACUGGGCGCCGUUUGCCGUCAGCCUGCUCACUGGCCACUUGGAUGCGACGCUGGCUGUGGGAGCAAUCCUUGCUGCGAAGCGGAAGCAGCGGGUCAAGGUCUUCCUCACCGCCAUUGGGGCCGGAGCUCUAGGCAAUCGGCCCAGCUGGAUCUAUCAGGCGGUGGACAGAGUCCUGGAAGCCUACAAGUCGGCUCCCCUGGACGUCUACCUUAUCCACUUCUCCCGAACGGACAAGUUCGAGAGACUGCAGGGCAGCCGGCCCGAGCCUGUUCCGCGGAAUCGCACCUCGCUGGAUGAGCGGGUUGCUGCCAUGCAAAAGGAGGUGGGAGAAGCCAACAUGCUGCACAAGACGCAGCGGUAUCCCAUGAUGGGCUCUCCAACAGCAGCUCGGGACAACAUGAGCUUGAUGAUCGCCAAGGCGUUUGCAUACUUUGACUCGAACGGCGAUGGGGUCAUCGACAUCGAUGAGUGCACAUAUAUUCUCAGGAGCCUUGAUCCGGCAUUCUUCACCCAGGAGAAGGUGCGACAGCUUGCUGCCAAGGCAGAUGCAGACUGUGAUGGCUACAUUCAUUAUGCAGAGUUCAUUGCCUGGAUUCUGGACUCAGACUCCGUGAUGACAUCGCCCACAGCUCAGAUAGUAUAG